GCCAGACAAGAACGUGAACGCCAGGAACUGCAACGAUAUCAAGCUGAACUGAAGGAACUGAAGCGAGUUAAGGUGGAUCUAAUGAAGAAGAUAAAGGAAGAGAUGAAGAAAGCUCAACAGCAACAGAGCAGCGCUUCGAAGAAACUGGCUGCACUGGAUAAAGAAGCCAGUCGGCUCUCCACCUUAGACUUCAUCCAUUUUCCAGACGUCGCGAUAAUAUCAAUUCGUCAGUUGGAGAAUAAGGAUCGACAGCGGGAGCAGUUUAUGAAGCGAACAACUGAGGAGAUCAAUCGAUUGCGUAAGGCCCAAAAAGAACAAGCUAAGCAGACGCGUCUUGCUACGACACCAAAAAUGACCCCAGUGCGACCAACACCGUAUCGUCCUAUAAGCCGGUUGGUGACUCAAAAGCAGACAGUUGGCAAGAUGGAGGAAGAGCUUGGAAGGUUGUUAGAGGAACGAGCACGGCUCACAGAGGAGAUUAAGAAUCUU